AUUUUUUUCUUAGUGAAAUUAGUUCCAGAACAAAUGCCUGAGCCAGCGAAAUCCGCCCCGGCCCCGAAGAAGGGCUCCAAGAAGGCGGUCACCAAGGCGCAGAAGAAGGACGGCAAGAAGCGCAAGCGCAGCCGCAAGGAGAGUUACUCGGUCUACGUGUACAAGGUGCUGAAGCAGGUGCACCCCGACACCGGCAUCUCCUCCAAGGCCAUGGGCAUCAUGAACUCGUUCGUCAACGACAUCUUUGAGCGCAUCGCGGGCGAGGCGUCGCGCCUGGCGCACUACAACAAGCGCUCCACCAUCACGUCGCGGGAGAUCCAGACAGCCGUGCGCCUGCUGCUGCCCGGGGAGCUGGCCAAGCACGCCGUGUCCGAGGGCACCAAGGCCGUUACCAAGUACACUAGCUCCAAGUGAGCAAGCUACUUGCUUCAGAAACCAAAGGCUCUUUUCAGAGCCACAUAUGUCUUCACUCAAAGAGCUGUAAUGUGUUUAGCUUUCCAACUUUGAGGCUUGUCAUGUUAAAAAAAGAUCUAACCAUGGUUUUACAGGACUCAAGUGUUGCAGUCUGUAGUAUGUGGAAUGCGCUUGUCUUCACUCCUUAAUGCUUGGUAACAAUUAUUUUCAUAUCCCCAGACAACCCAAUUAACAGAUUUUUCCUGUUCUUAUUCAACCCUUGCAAUUUUUUUGGUGAAGAUGACGUUGCUUGGCACAAAACACGAAUCCAUAUUUAUUUUGCAUGUGUGUAUUAAGACAUAAUGUCUUUUAUUGCUAAGGGGAAUCUAAUAAUUGUUUCAUCAUUUCUGAAGAAUCAAUUAUCCAAGUAUGUGUAGUUGUAGAGAUUGUUUCAUUGCCCUGUUUUUUAUGCUAAUCCCAGGUUGUCAUGAAUAUUGCAUCUUUUAAGUAUGGGUCUACUGUUGUCUUAAGACCAUUAUUUCCCCCAUCACCUUCCUCUCUUGCUAUUGCUUUUAAUGUGUUUGUAGCCAUCCUCAUGGUUUUAGAUAUAACUUCAAUAUUGAUAUGUCAUGUCUAAUGUCCCAGGCCCCAAAUGCCUUU